AUGGACAUCGACUACAACCCCGCGCAGCAGCACCAACGCACCUCGCGAAAACACAUGCGCAGCAGCGACGAGGAUGAUGACGUGUCAGACUGGAGUUCGGAUAUCUCCGGUCGCUUCGACGAUGCCGCCGAGGAGCCCGAGUUGGAGGAUUACAAGUCACCUUCAGCCAAGUCGGUGAAACGGCGCCGUUCCAAUGAUUGGCCUCUACCCGAAGAGGCAGCAGAUUAUGGAAACCAUGAUCGUCGAAAUGUUCGGAAUGGCCAUGCAACCGGAGGCUUCGCAUCCGCAUAUCGAUCGUCACCUCGGGCAUCGCCUCGCACGUCACUGGCGUCGCUGCGUGGUCGGCAUGGAGGCGCUUCGACGAAUAGCCCCCGUACACGGCUGGGUCGACGGUCGCGGUUCGUUGAGGCGACUAUGUCUGAUAGUAUCAGCGAGAGGCCGCCCAGUAUUUUCACGCACGAUGCUAAGCCGAUGGGACCGCGGCAACGGCAAUCUGGGAUAUUCAGAUUUGGCAAGGCAAUCGCCUCGGCAUUCAAUCCGUUUGGGGGUUGGGGUAAGAGUGGUGCCGAGAGUGCCAAUCCACAGCCACCUAAAGAUGCUCUCAGCCAAGCGGAGGAGGCUUAUGCUGAACUCAAGAAGGCGGGCUACAAGGGUACCAAUAAAGGUGCUUACCUACAAAGUCAACACGAUUCCAACACUCGCUGUGCGGUGGAUCCAACCCAUGCAGAUCAGACAUGGCAAGCAAUCCAAGCGAAGAUGAAUUAUGACACAACCGCGACUGGUACUACUUCUUACUGUGGCGAUCGAGUUGAUAUUCCCACGCCGUCUCGAUCUGCAUCCAAAUCUUCGAAACGUUCGUCUUUCCAAGACUUGCGGUCGUUAGGACUUCCGUUCAUACGGCAUCAUGACCAGUCGUCCUCAACCUCCAUCUAUCAAGAACGGACAUCAGAGGACUCAAUUGAAAAUACUGGGCUCCGCAAGCAAAAGUCUCGGAAAGAACUGUCACGUCAGACGAAGCUACUCAAGAAAGUGAGCAACCUUGAGGACAAGCUGGAACGAGCCCGGCGAGAGCUUCGUCAACUAUCCGGCAACGAGGAACGCCUACCUUCAACGACACCAGACCGAAAGUCUAUGAGUAUCGACAUGGACCCGGGCAGCUAUCCUCGCAAAUUUGUUCCUGGUGCUCUUCCCACUCUUCCUUCUGAACGCCUUCUAGAUCAACACGCUGUCAUCGCCGAAUCGCCCGAAGCCAUCACUACCGAACUAACCGCCUUGCCUUCCGUGGAAGGUCGAGGAAGUAUCUCCCUCGAGGAAUCCCAACCAGCCUACAGCACUUCUGCAUCUCGGUCACCGAGCAGACGGCCACAAGAGGCACGAUCAUCGUCUAUCAGUAAGGAAAGCUCUUCCCGCAAACGGAAGUCCCCCGUUCCUGAACAACUCGAUAGUCGGCACCCGAAGCCCCAUGAGUCCAGUCUGGCGAACUACAUCGACCACGAAAUCGACCGCAACGACGACCGCCCGCCCGAGCACACUGACGACCUGAUCGACUUUGGCCUCCUCAGCCCACCACGCCAGGCGAAGUGGCAGAAAUUCGAGGCCGGCGAUAGCCCCGGCUCUGUCGAGCGCAAACGAAACAUGAACCUCACCGCACGAGAAAGGCCAGGUUCACUGCACAAAAGGUCCCCAUCCGUCAACCCCCGGAAAUUCUCUCCGGCCAUCACCCGCUCACCAAAAUCCAAGGCCGUACGAACCCCGCCUCCACUACGCAUUAAACGUGGUAAUUCGAACAUGCGCUCGGUGUCGCCUAAUUUUGCAACUACCAUCCCUGAAUCGCCUGGUGCGGCGGCUGAUGGUGAUGUUUUCUCGUCGUCUCCUGCGCGCACGCAAACCUUGCAUGCGUUUUAUCUACAGUCGGACUGUCAGCUCGAUCCAGACCGUAGCCCGCGCUCUUCGCCGACAAAGUCUAGUUCGGGUCGGAAGAGAAGAUGGCGAGGCAGUGAUAUUCCCCCUGUACCACCUCUGCCCAAGGAACUUCUGGAGAAUGCUGCAAAGGUGACUACGUCGCCUACGAAGAAUUCGGGUUCUGCGAAGGAACGGGAUGGGGCACUUGAGCCGCAGACGUCUUCUGUGUUGAACCUGCAGCCUUCUGCUCUGGAGAAGUAUCCAUGGCCUGACGAUAUUUUUUGA